CGUGCGGGUUGCUGGGUGCAGCCUGCGGCCAUGUGUUCGCUGGCGGCGGGGAGCGGCCACGGCGCCGACCCGGGGCCGGAGCCCCCGGAGCUGUCGGACAGCGGGGACGAAGCCGGCUGGGAGGACGAGGACGCCGAGCCCGCGCACGGCCGGCGCCACACGCCCUGCCUGUUCUGUGACAGGUUGUUCUCGUCUGCUGAGGAAACAUUUUCACACUGUAAGUUGGAGCAUCAAUUUAAUAUUGACAGUAUGGUCCAUAAACAUGGACUUGAAUUUUAUGGAUACAUUAAACUAAUAAAUUUUAUUAGACUUAAGAAUCCUACGGUUGAGUAUAUGAAUUCUAUAUACAACCCUGUGCCUUGGGAGAAGGAAGAGUACCUGAAGCCAGUGUUGGAAGACGAUCUUUUGCUCCAGUUUGAUGUAGAAGAUCUGUAUGAGCCAGUGUCGACUCCCUUCUCCUACCCCAACGGACUCAGUGAAAACACAUCCGUUGUUGAGAAGUUGAAGCGCAUGGAGGCGCGGGCACUGUCUGCUGAGGCUGCACUGGCUCGAGCUCGAGAGGAUCUGCAGAAAAUGAAACAAUUUGCUCAGGACUUUGUGAUGAACGUAGAUGUCAGAACCUGCUCCUCCACGACUGCCAUUGCAGACCUGCAGGAGGAUGAGGAUGGUGUUUACUUCAGCUCCUACGGGCAUUAUGGGAUACAUGAAGAAAUGCUAAAGGACAAAGUCCGCACAGAAAGCUACAGAGAUUUCAUAUACCGAAAUCCACACAUCUUCAAAGAUAAGGUUGUUCUAGAUGUUGGGUGUGGAACUGGAAUUCUCUCGAUGUUUGCUGCCAAAGCCGGGGCGAAGAAGGUGAUUGCAGUUGACCAGUCUGAAAUCCUCUACCAAGCUAUGGAUAUCAUAAGGCUAAAUAAACUUGAAGAUACCAUUGUAUUAAUUAAAGGGAAGAUUGAAGAAGUGAGUCUUCCUGUAGAAAAGGUGGAUGUUAUUAUAUCAGAGUGGAUGGGCUAUUUUCUUCUUUUUGAGUCGAUGUUGGAUUCUGUCCUUUAUGCUAAGAGCAAAUACUUGACAAAAGGAGGAUCAGUCUACCCUGACAUCUGUACCAUCAGCCUAGUGGCCGUGAGUGAUGUGAACAAGCACGCGGAUAGAAUUGCCUUCUGGGACGACGUCUAUGGCUUCAACAUGUCCUGCAUGAAGAGAGCAGUUAUCCCAGAAGCUGUUGUGGAGGUUGUAGAUCACAAGACUCUCAUUUCAGAUCCCUGUAGUAUCAAGCGUAUAGAUUGCCACACAACAUCGAUCUCAGACUUGGAGUUUUCUUCCGAUUUUACCCUGAAAACCACAAAGACAGCCAUGUGCACGGCAGUCGCUGGGUACUUUGAUAUAUAUUUUGAGAAGAAUUGCCAAAACAGGGUCGUGUUCUCUACGGGCCCUCAGAGCACCAAAACACACUGGAAACAGACAGUGUUUCUGCUGGAAAAGCCAUUUCCAGUUAAAGCAGGUGAAGCCUUGAAAGGAAAGAUCACAGUUCACAAGAAUAAGAAGGAUCCUCGGUCCCUCAUUGUGACCCUGACCUUGAACAGCUCAACUCAGACUUACAGUCUCCAGUGAUGAUCAUGGUCUCCAGCUGCCACAAAACCGGAAGCACACACAACCCUGCGUCUUCAAA